GCAGGUCCAGAUGUAUUUUUCCUGCCUGCCGGAGGACAAAGUGCCGUACGUUAACAGCUCUGGCGAGAAACAUCGGAUCCGACAACUGCUCUACCAGCUGCCGCCUCACGACAACGAGGUUCGUUACUGCCAAUCUCUGACAGAGGAGGAGAAAAGGGAGCUUCACGUGUUCAGCGACCAGCGGAAGAGAGAGGCACUCGGGAGGGGAAUGCCCAAGAUCCUGCCCCGAGCUCUGCAACACACACGCUGCGAGAAUUGUGGAGGUGGCAUCAGUGGAGGGGAGAUGGCAAUUUUUGCCUCCAGAGCUGGAUCGAGCCCCUGCUGGCACCCAGCAUGCUUUGUGUGCGCCACAUGUCAAGAGUUGCUUGUGGACCUGAUCUAUUUCUAUCAAAAUGGCAAGAUCCUCUGUGGGAGACACCACGCUGAGCUCCUUAAGCCAAGAUGUUCUUCAUGUGAUGAGAUUAUUUUAUCGGACGAGUGCACUGAGGCGGAGGGUCGUCACUGGCACAUGAAGCACUUUGCCUGCUUUGAGUGCGAGACCAUGUUAGGGGGGCAACGCUACAUCAUGAAAGAUGGCCGGCCCUACUGCUGCGGCUGCUUUGAAUCACUGUAUGCGGAGUACUGUGAGGCUUGUGGAGAAAACAUAGGAGUGGACCAUGCUCAAAUGACCUACGAAGGUGGACACUGGCACGCCACAGACGAGUGCUUUUCCUGCGCACAGUGUAAGACCUCCUUGCUCGGCUGUCCUUUCCUGCCAAAGCAAGGGCGCAUUUACUGUUCAAAAGCCUGCAGCCAAGGAGAGGAUAUCCACGCCUCGGACUCGUCCGACUCCGCUUUCCAGUCUGCUCGCUCUCGUGAAUCCCGGCGCAGCGUCCGCAUGGGGAAGAGCAGCAGACCUUCAGAGCAGUGGAGACAGUCACAAGUUUUAAACGCCUCUACCACCGUCUCUGCAUGUGAAGUUGAAAGAGAUGUGGAUAUUGUUGGGCAAAAGCUUUCCCAUUUAGGACUGGAUGAAGAACAGUUCUGGAGGGAUCGUGAAGAGCAGGACGCCGGCGGGGACGAGGAUCCAGAGGAAUGGGCCCAACAUGAGGACUAUAUGACUCAGCUCCUACUGAAGUUUGGCGACCAAGAAAUGUUGCACCACAAUCAUCAGCCAUCCCUAAAAUCUCCAAGUCCCAUUCAUGACAGAAAUCGUCUUGUGAACGUUUCUGACCCUUGGCUAAAGCCUGACAAACUGGGAAUCACUGCCUGUUCUCCUACCCCCACCAGUCCCACGCAGAGCCAGACUUCUAACCCAUCCCGAACCAACAACCAUAGCCCUGGUCUCAUCAGCAAGAAGCAUCUUCCCGAAAUGUACUGGGCCCAGUCACAGGAUGGGCUAGGAGACUCAGCGUAUGGAAGUCAUCCCGGACCGGCCAGCGCAAGAAAGAUUCAAGAGCUAGAGUUGGAUCAGGAUCAGGACCAAGGAAAACAUGCCCAGUGGCCAGACAAUAGGCAGUGGUACCAAGAUACAUUGGAAUGUAUCGCUGAUGAGCUGAGGAAGGCAGGGCAGGGUGUUGGAGACUCUACGGACUCCAUAGCGCUGUCAAACAUCACUGGUGCAUCAGUUGACGGAGAUCGCAGGGAGAGACCAAUGAUUUACUCUCUUCAUGCAGUGCAGGAUCAUUUGGUGGGAGACGGCAGUGAGAAAAUGAGCAACAUGGGGACCUUUAAUUCAUCCCAUCUUCAUCACAGUACCAACUCUCUCAACCUUCAUAUGGAGAAGGCAGAGCAGGAGAAAGGACAGGAGGUAGACCUAGCAGCAAGGGGAAUGCUUCGCUCACUGUACUCUCAUUCCGAAGCGCCACCAUCUCCCUUUGUCCAUGCACCUGCUCUGAGGAGGACCAAGUCACAGUCCAGGCCUCCUCAGAUGGUCAAGUUCACAGAAGACACUGUGGACAACGGAUACAACGACGGUUUUGAGGUCAAUCUUAGAAUGCAUCCCAUGAGCGAGAGGCCACAGCGAAGGGCAUACUCGCAUGAGGCAGGAAAGGACAGAAGCCGCCCAUCUAGUCAGCAUGGGCGCAACAGACAGCAUCACCCCCACAGUAGGCACCACAGGAGUCGCAAAACCCAUUCGGACAUUGCUCUUAAUGCGGUACCUCUGGAAAAGGCGCAGAGACCCUAUCGACAGAACCGACAGAAUCCUGUCGACCCUCGACAUCCCUCUCCAGGGCAGCCUCUGGCCUACUCUCAAACCAGGUCAGAGUGUAUGUUUCAGGGGCCAUCUCAUGGAGACCCUCGGGUUGAGCAUUUCAUGAGUCUGUACAAAGAUGAGGAUGAGUGGUGUUCCACUUGCUCGUCAUCGUCAUCAGAUUCCGAGGAAGAGGGAUACUUCCUGGGUCAACCUAUACCCCAGCCGCGGCCCCCUGUGCGCUACUAUGCCGAAGACUACCCGAGGGUCACCGCCCUCGCAUCCCAAAGUCGUGGCUCUAAGACUGGUCGCAGAAAGAGCCACCGCUCCAAAAACUGUAUUAUCUCCUAAAGCACACAGGCUGCAUUCAGACUAGAAGGUGCACAAAACAAAGUGUUUUAUUUUUUAGAUUGAUUAAAUGUUUUGUACAGGUUUAAAAACUACGUUCAGUUGUAAUUAAGCUAACAUUUAUCUGAGUGUUUAAAUGUGGCAAUGACAAAAUAGAAUCUGUAUAGUCCUAAAUGUGUAAAUUCAUUUUAAAUUGUUUUAAUGUGAUGCUUAAGCUGCAGAAAGGCCUUUGGAAUUUUGUGGAGACAAAAAAAAGGUAGAUUAAGUUUGUUUUUUAAAUGCUUAGGUUGUGCAGAUAUUCAUGAGUACAGUCACAGAGGUGGAGAAUAGUAGACUGAGAAACUAACAAGACAAUUAUUUAAUGAAUAAUAGUAUAAAUGACUGUAUAUACUAAGUUAAAAUUGUAAUACUAUCUUUAUAUUGGUGGUUUAAAUAAGUGUUAUUGAAGAAAAUCCCAGCUGUGACUGUAAGCAAUUACCUUGUUGAUAGUUUAACCAAGGUGCCAUUUCUUCAACGGUGUUCUGCACGGUCCAGUGCCAGCAUCUGCUGCGACAAAAUAUGUCAAGUCUGCCUAUAUUCAAUCCAAAUACUCACCACACCUGUUGUGUCAUAACCAGUUAUAUGCAUAGUAUGGCAAAG